AUGACAAAUGCAAGAGGUAAUUGUUUGGUCCAGAUAAAGAAUGCAUUAUUUCGGACGCAUUCAAUCAAAUCAAAAAAUCAGCCAUACGUUUUUCGUAAACCAAUUGAAAAGCUUGAAUUAUUCCGCCCGAAUGAUCAUCGUUCCUUUUGGGGCAUUUUAGGCCCCAAGAAGUCAGCACUUAUGAAUGUUCUCGCUGGUAAUUACAUAGCAGAACCUCCAACAUCACGCAAAUACCCAAUCAUCAAUGAUUUUCUGAGAAAAGAUCAGAUCGGGUUCCUAGAUUUUCGUGAAAGUUCAGGUUUAGACAAAGUUCAUUUAUCAGCUCGGUAUGAGUCAUAUUCAUACAAGGGGAAGUUGGAAAUGGCAGAUGAUUGCAACUCUGUUAAGAAUUAUAUUACCGGGAAAAACAAUUACAACCGAAUGCAUGAAGAAAGCAACGAAGACUUUAUACACGAGAUUAUGGAUCUAUUCAACCUUGGACAUUUGCAAUCAAAGUGGAUCAGCUCCUUGAGUAAUGGCCAGAUGCGAAGGGCAAGAAUUGCUAAAGCUUUAAUGGACAAGCCAAAGCUACUUCUAAUUGAUGACCCAUUUCUUGGUCUCGACCCUGUUUCAACAUUGAGUGUUUCCAACUCAUUGAGAGUGGUUGCGCAAGAAUUGGAUACAUGCGUAGUGUUGGGCCUUCGGAUACAAGACGAAAUUCCAGACUGGGUAAACCAUCUUGCCUUUGUAACUGAGAAUGGCACCGAGAUUUUAGGUGAAAGGAAAGAAGUAGAGAAAAGAAUUAUGGAUAUCCUGAAACCUAUUAUACUGAAACACAAAGCCCACAAUUCUCAUCACCAAAGUGAGUCCUGGGUGAAGAAGGAAAUGAUCGAAGCUUCCGAUCCUAUCAUUGAAUUCAAGAACGCAUGUGUUGCUUACAAGGGACAAACUGUCCUUAAGAACCUUGAUUGGAAAAUUCAGCGUGGGUCGAAAUGGCGAAUUCUAGGUAACAAUGGGACAGGUAAAACCACGCUUUUGUCAUUAAUCACAGCGGACCACCCUCAAUCUUGGCGAUCAGUUGUUACAAUCAAUGGUGUGACGAGAAAGACGGGCAGUGGCGUCACAUAUUUUGACGUAAAUGACAAAAUUGGCAUAUCAUCUCCAGAAUUACAUGCAUUAGUUCCCCCAAGAAUGACAAUGAUGAGUAUUAUAACGAAUGGCUUAGUUCGCGGCAUUGGGAAUGCCAAUUUUUCAUUUAAGUUCAAGGAAAAAGAAUUGGGCCCACAUGCUGUAAAGUUGUUGAAGCAUUUUGAGUCCGAGAUUAAGAAGAAUGAAAAUAAACGCUUCCACGAGCUAACUGUGUCUUUACAAAAACUUACGCUCUUUUUGCGGGCCGUGAUCAAAUCCCCAGACAUUUUAAUUCUUGAUGAAGCAUUUUCAUGUAUGGAUGACGAAGAGUUGGUUAUCAAAUGCCACGAAUUCAUUAAAAGCGAACUUGGCUCUACAACUAUUUUGACAAUUGGCCACUUGGAUUGGGAAGUACCUGAAACAGACUUCACAUUAAAAUUACUUGGUGACGAGAACAGAGGUUACGAGUAUUACGAACGUAUUAAAUAA